CGGUUAGUACAAUGCGUAGAACUGAACCAGGACUGCAAUUUGCCAAUUUCACUCCCAAAGUCCAACCCAUGAAAUGUGGGUUCCUAAUCCAUUUUACAGAAAGCCUCCUCUCUGGAAUCAACGAGAAGUCCGGCGAGCGCGCUUCUCCUUUCUCUUCUCGGCUUCCGCCGUCUCCGGCAGACCAGAGCUGCCUCCGGUCGACUUCGGUUCCCCAUAGGCUGCUGCCUCCGAGUCCCGGGAUUCGGCUGCAACUUCUCUCUUCCGAUCUCCCUCCUGUUCUUCCGAUCUCGCUUCAAUCACCGGUGCCUUCAACCCCUCGCCCUCUCGGUACUACUCAACAGCCCAAUAGCUUAGUGAGGUAACUUCUUAUAUCCCUCACAAUCCCUCCCUAAAUCGCAGGCAAAUUUUGAAAUUGUGAUUACUGAUUAGAAUUUAUAACUAUUGUCUAGUGGGUAGCUUGCCAAUUUCGAUUUCUACCAAUUAUCUUAGUUUCUUAGCCAAGUUCACGGAUACUUCUAGUUUUAGCCCUGUUGUUGGCAUGAGUCAGGAAUUUGUGAAGCAUGAAUAUAGUCAAGUUUUCAAA